AGACCAAAACCAGCAAGUGACCAUACCACGACGACCAGGACGACGAGACGAAGAGAUCGCUGUCGAGAUCGCCGCCGCACGCCGCCGCACGCGCCCACACGCGCCGCCGGGAGGAGCCUGCUGCUGGAAGUUUUCGUCGCGCGUGAGAGCGCGUGAGAAGCCCCAACUCGUCAAUAGAUUUGUGCGCUUGAAUGACCAGUUAAAGUAUUUUCCUUGUAUUUUGAUCAUGUUAAAUCUUUCCAAUAUUCAGAUGCCGCCCUGUAGAGAACUCGAUCAUCCGGUGGUUCCUCAAGCCUCGAUAGUCGCACAGUUCCGCGACUACCGUCCUGAGAAAUUCUCCGGCCAGGGAGAUCCGCGUAUCGUAGAUGAAUGGGUUCAGGGCCUUGAAUUGAUUUUUGAGGUCAUGGACUGUCCAGAUCGCUAUCGUGUUACUUGCGCACAGCUUCAGUUGACCGGCGAUGCUCGACUCUGGUGGAAUGCCUACUGGAGUAUGCGCCCCGGCGAGAAAGAAGAUUGUACCUGGGAAAGGUUCAAGAAGAUGAUUCGUGAGAAGUACUAUCCCACGUACUACCGAGCUGAGAUGGAGCGGCAGUUUCUGUCGCUCAAGCAGGGUACUCGUUCUGUUGAUGAGUACGAUAGAGAGUUUACCAGACUUGGAGCCUUUGUUCCAGAUCUG